UUUAAUUUGAGAUCAAGAGAGACAUUAGUUUCAAUUGUGUGAUCAAGAAGGUGAGAUUUGUGGCCAGGACUACCGUAAUUCUUACUUAGGAAGAGCAACUUUAUGCCAACCAAGCUUCCUCAAACCCCGAGGAUAACUAUUAAUAUGCUUUCAAGCCCCAGUGGACCAGGUUUAUGUUUUAUUCAUCAUUACUGGCCAGUUUUACUGCUGAAGUGUGGAAGAUGUCUCUGGUUGGUAAAGUUCUCGCUUCACAAGACGGGGGACCCGGGUUCGAUUCCUGUCGGGGUGGAAAUAUUUCGACACGUUUCCUUACACCUGUUGUCCUGUUCACCUAGCAGCAAAGUGGACAAUAGUCCAAAUAACAGCACAGAGUGGUGAGAGUGUAACUUCCAGAAGAUUGGCACUCUCCCUUCCACCCCUGGACUGUACAUAUCCCGCUGCACAUGUGGUCUGCAACCAGUUGUAACUGUGCAGUGUGUUGUUAUGAGUAUGGAGGUGGCCUGGUUGCGACACUGGUGCUGCUUGUUAGUUGGCUCUCUUGACACUCAUGAUCAGUGCCUCCUGGAGGAAACUACUGCUCGUAUACUAGCUAACUGCAAGGUACCCCUCGCGGACAAUCAGAAGCAACUGCUGCAGUAUAUUAUUAGCUGCCCAUUACCAUUGGAAAAAAAGAACGGAUUGGAACUAGACUUCUCUGUUAAUGUGCGUGCAAGUGUAGCAUCCUUACUUAGUGCAUCGGUGAAAAGUCAUUGUGUCAAACACCUCUAUGCUGCUAUCCAGAAAGAGGAAGCAACGUUGGAGCGAUUGCAACGAGCUCAGAGACAUCCAGUAAUACUUGUUCUGGACAAGAGCAUUGUCUCACUACCAUGGGAGAUGAUGUGGAUCUUAAGAGAUCAGCCAGUCACUAGGAUGCCAAGUAUUUGUAUGCUAUUGCUGUUAUAUCAGCAUCACUCUUGCCGACGUUCAAGUGUCCUAGUUCAAGGUAUUGAUUCAAAAGGCUUUGAUCUGUUGGAUCCAGAUAACAACUUGCCAAGAACACAAGAACGUUUAAAGUCUGUGUUUGACGAGACUGGCUGGCAAGGUAUUACACCUCGCAGACCUACUCACCAGGAAUUCAGAGAUGCUAUCACUAACCAAGAUUUAUUUGUGUAUUCUGGUCAUGGCUCAGGUAGUCAGUACAUGCCAGGUGAACUGGUUGAAGGAGUUGAUUGCAGGGCAUUGGUUCUGCUCUAUGGUUGUGCUUCCGUACGCCUAGCACCCUGAGGACGAAUUCCAGACCUGUGGGGGGUUGUUCUCAACUACUUAAUAGCAUACAGAAUUUCAGAUAAAGAGAUGUGGACCUGUAUAAUGAUUAUAAUCUGUAUAUGUUGGCCCUCGAACACAGCCCUCCUUCUCACUCUGUCUGUCUUCACCCCAGCAGUGGGCGGGCAGGGUUCAAUGGAUGAAGAGGAUUGGGAGGUGGAAAUAAGAGAAGGUAUUUCAAGAAAGAUGGAGAGAGGUAACAAGCAGGAUUCAGAGGGAGUAGAUGCAGGAGGAGUAGAAGUUGGAAAAGAGUAUGUCAACAUUAUGGAAGCAAAAAAAGAUGAGAAGAAGGGCAGUGAGGCUCCGUUCCCACAACUUGUCUCUGUCUCAUUCAACACUCCUUCAUCAUCACAUGUCUAUGCAGCUCCAUAA